UAAGUUUUGAACUUUGAACGCCUAGCUAGCCUAGUAGUAGCUAGGCCUAGCUAACUAAAUCUGGGAUCGGAGAGAGGGGGUAGGCCUAGGUCUAGGGACUUUUAUAAUCACGUAUAUUGAUAGAAAAAUAUCAGAAGUUAUGGAAUCUCGAACAGUAGAAGAGCUACAAGAACAUUUCUUGAAUAAAUUAGACAAUUUGAACAAAUGUAUGCAGAUGUCAAAUAUCUGUAAAGAGGCUGAAGUUCAGGAUGUAUUGUUUUCCAUCAACCAUGAGCUUCUAGUUCUAGAAUCAACAGUUGCUCAGAUGAAGAAACGUCUCAUAAAACAACGAGAAGAAGUUUCACAAUCUAAGCUAUUGUCAGAGCAGUUGAAAUCCCAGAAUGCCUUGCUGCAACACAUGUCGGAAAACAUACCAUCGCGGUUACCCGGACUGCAAAAAGUACAGAUAGAGAAGAAACAAAGCAUUGUAUUACAGGCAAAAUAUGAAGAAAAUACAGAACACAAAGAUGAAGCCACUAAGUCAACUACCAAAGCUCCAAGGAAAGUAGCUGUUCCUGUUAUGGACUACCUUACAGUUGAAGAAUAUGAUAGUGUUCCCAAAUACAUGAAAGGACGUUUACCAUAUGAAACUGUAAAUAAUGUUGUUGAGGGGAUCAACAAAGCGAUACUUGCCAAGUACACAUUCCUGAAACAACCAGUGAGCUCACUCAACAACAAAGACACAAAGAAACACAAAAAGUAUAAAGCACAGGAAACCAAAGACACAAAGGGUGUGUUUUUCUGUAUUGAUGAAGAUCUUAAAAACUACAGUAAUUGGCGUAUGGACAGCAGUACACGCUCAAGUCUGACAAUUUUACGUCAUUGUGGUAGAAUGCGUGAAACACGUGGCAAUGGAAUCGUUCGGUAUUGUUUAGUCUAGUAAAUCAUUAUCGUAAAAUAAUAUUCUUUUAGCACAAACAUUUGUAAGGUCUCCAUGAAAUGAUGUUGGGCCAGUGACCAUGGCCAGAUCACUUCUCACAUUUUUAAUAUAUAUAUA